CGACAGGGGAUUAUUCCGCCCGUAGACACGAGGUUUUGUUAGUGUUGGUAGUAUGUUGGUAGUGCGUUGGGACGACACCAACCGACAUGUCUUAGAACAAAACUAGGUGAGUUUCCCACGAGUAAGCAGGCUCGUCUGCUUGCGGUAAGACAUCCUGGGUUAGGUACCUAGUUAGGUGUUUAGGUGCUGCAACUAGAUAUUAUCUGUGGUGGCGGCAUGAUACGAUGUAGCUAUUAGAAUGAUAACUAGGAGCUAAAUUUUAGUGUAAUCUAAGUGUAAAUGUGAAUGAUAAUGUCAUUAUGUUUGAUAUUAUUAGAGAGCUUAGCCAAGAAAAAGGAGAGGAUAUUGAAAUAGAUACCUGGUAUCGACGUAGCUCAAAGUGUAUAAAUCUGACGGGAAGAACACUGCUUGGGUGGCUGAAUAUCAGACACACUAAAUCAAAUAUUAGGGGUGGGGGUCGCCUAGCUAUAGGCGUUUUCGAGUUGUGGCGCAUUGAAAGUAACCUAUUGGUUAGGUAAAGCCUAAGGCUUAUUCAUACCUAGGUAGGCAGCCUCCGAUCCGUUGAGAACUAUAUCCUAGGUAAUCGUUAUAGUUGGAGCCUUGUUUGAUAAUAUUUGAUGGUAUUUCAUCUUGAACAUGUUUUACCAGACUAAAGAAACCUUGAACAUGCCCGAAAAUCAAGUAAUACUAGCUCCAUCAAGGGAGGAUCACCGCGGAAUCAUAUCCGUGUUCCUAGCUGGUACUACCACUAAGACGGAAGACCGUGACUGGCGCGAGGUACUGACUGAAUCUCUCGCGGACCGGUCUCUUACCAUCAUCAACCCAUUUAGACCAGACUGGGACUCAACCUGGCGGGAAGAAGUCACAUGCGCACCGUUUCGCGAACAAGUAGAAUGGGAACUCGACAUGCAAGAGAAAGCCGAUAUAGUAGUGGUAUACUUCCACCCAACGACCGAGGCGCCUAUUAGCCUACUAGAGCUUGGGCUUUGUGCUAGGGCCAAGAAAGCUAUCGUUGUCUGUCCUAAGGGGUAUAAAAAGAGAGGAAACGUGCAGAUUGUGUGUCAAAGAUAUGGAAUCGAAGAAGUUGAGAGCAUUGAAGCCUUGAAGCAAGCUAUUGUCAAGAGGCUGCCGAAAGACUCUUUGUGAGUUUGAAUCCAGUUGUUACUUCGUGUUUGGGAGAGAAGGUUAGGUCGGAUGAUGUACUGGAGAUCGAAUGAUUUGGAUGAGCUAAUAUUAAAGCUGGCUAGAUAGCGACUUCUUGCAAGCUCUAACUUUGAGAAGAUAUUAAAGUUUGAUAAGGUGGUUAAGGAUGAAAGUUUGAUGAUCUUAGGAAUAAGAUUUCAUUCUGAGGCAAUAAUCAGUGUCUCGAAUUGAAGGUACUAUCCGAAGGUACUUAGGUACUUACACCGGGCUAUCUGGGGAAAAGCGGACCGGGAUUACUCCGCCUAAACUUUGCAGGCGGAAUACACUA